AUGUCUAAAAAAGAACCAAAUGAUCGAAAUGAGAGAAGGUUGGAUUCAAGUGAUUAUGAAAACUUAAUAUCUCAACAUAGUAUUUUUGAAACUAAACCUAAACAUCAGGAACUACCAAGUUUUCCAGGAUUUUCAAACGCAGAAACCCAAACGAAACCAAGUGAUAUAAAGGGACAGGGUUUACAAAGUGGACUUGGUACUUGGCACUAUAACCCUUGGUGGAUGCUCGCUAGUACAUCUCGGAGUGUUCCGUCCCAGGAUGAUUUCUCAGAAAGUAGUGAUCAAACAAAAGUGAAACAAGAACCUAGUGGAGCAGGAACUCCUGACCCGGAUCCUUUACAAAGUGACUUAGACCAAUUCCAAACAACUCCUACACCGCCACCUCCAGCAGGAUUGGACUCUUUCUGUGAUGAUUGCUCAGAUCCAUUCUGCGACUCUAGUGUGGCCAUAUGUCGUAAACUAUUUCACUGCCCACAUUGCAGAAAGAGUUAUCCCACCAUACUCGAAUUCAAUACACAUCUCACAGGUGUUCAUCCUGCUCAAAAACCAUUCAGAUGUCAAAUUUGCUUGGAACCAUUCUAUAAAAAAUCUCACUUACGACGACAUUUAGAUGCAAGUCAUACUCGGAAAGAUGUAAACAAAUGUUCAGUGUGCUCAAAAUACAUAAAAGAUAAGAGUAACUUACGUAAACAUAUGCAAGUUCAUACAGGUCGUGUACCGCAGAAACAAUUCAAAUGUGAUUUAUGUAACAACAAGCGCUACAUGUCACUGGAGAGACUCAAUAACCAUAGAGUAGUCUGUACCGGUGAAAAAGUAUUGAAAUAUUGCGAUAUGUGUACAAAAGUAUUUGAUAAUUCACGGUCCCUUAAUAGCCAUAAGAAAGUGCAUGCAAGGGAAUUAAAAUGUGAAAAUUGUGGGGAGCAGCUCCGUUCUUUGGAGCAAUUUAACAAUCAUAAACUAAUCUGUUUAGGAAAUUCACAAGAAGCUGGUGGCAGUGCAACAAACACUAGUGGAGCUGGAAUGAACCGUUGUUGUACACAACCUGGGUUGUGUGAGCAUGACAAGCCAGCCUAUUUGAACAUACCAAGUUAUGCUGCUGCUAGAGUAUUAGACGCUACACUUUCUUCAGUAAAAUCUGAAAUGAAC